UCUUUAGUUUUACAUGUCUGAUAGUUUACACUAAUGGCACCAAGAGGCAAGAAGUCGAAGAAGCAGCGUGAAAUCGAUUGGGCGGCCGACGCUUACUUCGACAAGAACCGUUCAAUGAUCUACAUCGAGCACACGUUAGAAUGUCCGAUAUUCACGACGAAAGCUGAAGAAUUCGCCGCUUAUGUAGCCCAAGAAGCUCCCAAUCGCACCAUACAGUUGAUACGGAAUCAUAACGGCAAAGUGCCGCCAAGGGAUGGUGCUUUCGAGAUUGGAUUUUCGCAGAACGCGCGCACCUCCGUGCAUCAGCUGUGGUCCGGCAUUGAUAAAGGUCCACCAAGGCGUGACAAAUUCCCACCGGAGUACGAGUCUCUCAUGCAAGAGAUACAUAAGAUUUUGAAAAAAUUCUAUCCUGAUGCGGUGGAAAAGAACCCCUUGGAGGGCAUGGAGGACGAUGACGCUGCGCCAGCGUAUCAGUGAAAGCGCUUAAAAAUUUGUUAAAGUUUCCGUACAAAAAGAUUCAAGGUGAAUAAUCCAUGACUUUCAAAAUUAUCCAACAACCGUGAAGCGGCAAUAGUGCGGCAAUCUAGCCAAUCAACUGCCCUUCCGAUUGGGUUCCUUCAAAAGGACAGUUUGCAAACCAGCGCAACAGUUUGAGAGGCUAGGACUAAUUUAAAAGUAAUCAGAACGUUCUAGCUUUUCGCCGUCAGAUGGCGCAAAAGUAGCAUCAAACGUUGCCACUCCAGAAACUUUAUUUUUACUCUUAAACAUGAUCUAAUCUAGAUUUUCAAUAAAAUAAAUUGCGACAGAAACCAAAUAAAUUCACGAUUGGGCAUUACUUUUGAA